CGUCAUGACGCUGUUGGAGGCGUCCGAAACAUGGCUGCUUCCAGAUAGUUGAUACGUCCCUCUAGAUUUUUCAUUGUUUAAUGUUCGUUUUUGAGCGAUGAUGGUGCACAAACUGGAGAAAAUGGUGUCGUCUGCUGAGGAAGAAGAGAAGGAGACAGAUGACGAUGGGGAAGAAGAAACAGAAGAGGAAGAAGAAGGAAGUGAGAAGGAAGGAGAUGAUGAAGAGGAGGAGCAGGAGACAUUGCCACAAGGCACAGAUAAAAAGAAUCCAAUAAGUGUACAAGGUAAGAAGAAAAAGCAGACAGAUGUCCUGAACCUCAACAAUGAGGUGGUGAAGAUGAGGAAGGAGGUGAAGAGGGUUAGGGCAUUGAUCAUAAGGAAGCUGACACGUCAGAUUGGCACCCUGAAAAAGAAAAAGGGGAAUGAGACAGAGAUGGAAAGGAAUCAGAGGAGAGCUGCGAGGCUGCUGGAAGAGAUCCACGCCAUGAAGAGCCUCGUACCAGACCAGGUGACUAAGACAGCCUUACAGAAGAAUCUCAGCUUUGAACAGGUGUGCAAAAACCCCAAGUCUGCCAUAUCUGACCGGGCCAUCGCUCGGAUUGCCACCCACCCUCAGUUCAACAGGAAGAUUGAGAACAUCAAAGCUGCUGUGAAAGCCUUCAAAGACGAGCGGAUCAAGAGUGGAAAGCGGGGUGGAAAGGAAAAAGUGCAAAAUGAAGCUGGAAAGGCAACUCUGCAGUUACAAGAUGAAAGGGACGAAAGAAAAGGUGAAGAAAAAGAGGAGCUUAAGGAAGACGGGGAGGAGGGAGUUCUUAAAGACAGCGAAGAUGGGCCCGUUGCCAAAGCUGGAGAAGAAAUGAAGAAAGGUGAGACUUCUGCUGUUCAAACACAAAAAAAGACAGAGCCUAAGAGUCUUAGACCAGCAUUGGCAAAAACUAGUGAUGUAAAGCACAUUGUGAAAAAUAACCCUCCAAUUAAAAAAGAGAAACCCAAUAUUCAGGCUGACCCAGGUGAUAAAGAGAGUGAUUUAGAGUCAUCGGAUGAUGAAGAGAAAGAGUACUUUGAUGACAGCACAGAGGAACGGUUCCACAAGCAGUCCUCGCAGUCAGAGGAGAGCGAUGACGAUGACUUCUUUGUAGGAAAAGUGAGCAAAUUCAAGAAGAAAAAGAAAAAGCCAAAAGAUGAAGAGAAGGAAACGGUGGUGGACAAGAGCCCUCAGGUAGGAAAGGACUCGACAGAUAAUGCGAAGUCUUCAGACAAGCUCGACAGUCAGCUCGACGAGCUUGAAUCAAGGCUGAAAUCAAAAGCGACCAAGCUGGAAUCUGUUUUCUGUUCUUCUCUGGCUGCGACUAAGGCUGGUGGGGGCGGAGGUGUCGGCAGAGGGAGAGGUGGGGAUAAAUUUAGGAAACACAAUAAAGAUUUCAGUAAACAGUCUAAGUUCCAAAAGCCUGAGAAAGGAACGGAGAGAAAUUCAGAGUCCAAGUACAGCAAGCCCUGCCUUGAUAGCAAACACUCAGAGUCUGAGGACAAGGGCUUUGUUACUGCCGGCAGAGGAAGGAGACAAGACAGAGGCAACGCUCUGAGGCAAAAGGAUCACAGGGGCGGAGGUGUCUCACAUCGGGCACCACAGCAGGCACUGCAUCCAUCCUGGGAGGCCAGUAAGAGAAGGAAGGAGCAGCAGGGACAAAUCUUGGCUUUCCAGGGGAAGAAGAUUAAGUUUGAUGAUGAUGACUGAAAAUUGCUGGCAAUUUGUAUAAAGUAUGAAGAUUCAGCACCAGUAGUUCAGUGUUGAUCUGUUGUAGCGUUUAAACUCCUUUUUCAUGCUGGUAAAAGACACAAAGGCUUUUUUAUGAAACAUGAAUGGAAAUAUGUUGUUAAAAUAUUGUGAUGCUAAAGUUGUGACCUCGACGUGUAACUUUUCUGUGAUGGGUUUGUCAUAGUUUAAGAAGCACAUAUAGUCUGUGGCUGUACUAUAGUAAUGGUACAGAUUUCCAAUUGGGACAUCAGGAAGCUAUUUGUGUAUUUUAACCUGUACUCAGAUCUGUUUUCCCUGACUCAGUUGUGCUCUUUGGUCCUUGUGAUUCCAAAUGGUGGUUUUGUUAUCUGCACAUUCUGUGACACACUCGAUGUGAUCCACUACAGCAAAACCUGUUUUUUUGUUUGCAUCUUCCUUUAUUAGACAUGUUUUCAUAAUACAGUUUCAAUCUUUACAUGAGCAUGUUAUGCUGUUCUUUGCUGCCUGUGUUCUGUAGAGAUUUUAUGUACAGUGCAAAGGUCUUGAGCCACUCCUCAUUUCUUUACAUUUUGAAUCUUCAGGCACUUUGUUACUAGCAGCCUCUCGCAAAAACACAUCAUCUGUUCCCAGCAGCCAACAUCCAAAGAAACCUGGAGAACUAUUUCUGAAGACUACUUAAAGAAAUUACGAGAAAGCUGCCUCAGACAGUUCAGUCUGUGUUCAAGAAUAAAGGUGAUAAACCCAAACUUGUUAGAGUUGUACAAAUGUUCUUGCCUUACAUACUGGAUUUCAUGUUUGCAUGUUUCACUAAAUUGCUGCACCUAUUUCCCAUUUUCCUAGUCAAAUAUAAAGAAAUGAAGGAUGACUCAAGACUUUUACACAGUACUGUAAUUCAUAAAAAAUUAUUAAAAUCCAAAAGUAACCUUUAUUAAGAAUAGCAAUCUGCUUUGUUGCCAUCUCUCUUGCUAUUGGUUGGUUUAGAGCCGUGUCAUAUAUUGGUGUGCUAUAUUGCAAAUUUGGUUAUCGAUAUGAUACCAACUAACUACGGGGCCAGUAUUGAUGAUACCGAUACUUUUAAAUUAUAAAGGCAGCUCAUGUAGGGGAGAGCAGUGUGUCGUCAUUUAUGAGAUGAUGAAUCAUCAAUUUGCCAAAUCUGAACACAUCUUAAAGGCCACUAAAUCACUGAUUUUUUAUUUUCUACAAUAAUGAGUUAACACAAUA